UGUAUGGCCAGACAUCGAACAACACAGUGGACCAGGGCUACGCCAAAAACCUGGCUUUGAGACAUCGCAUGUGUGUGAUUGAUUCAACAUUGAUGCCAAACUGAACUCAGCAAUACGAGAUGGCUGUUACAAAGAGGAUUUGCUCCGGGUCACCCAGGCAGGAGCAUGUGGACAUCCUGUUGUAGCUGGUCCUGUUUGGAACCUACCGCCACAGUGGAAGAAAACGGCAGCUCAUGGCGCCAGGCCUACACAAACUCGGGCAACAGCCAAUCCCCGAUCUCUCCCGAACUUUUGUGCAAGGCCUGCGGAGGCCAUUUUGACACCAUCGCUAUAAAGCAUGUCUGUGUGGACUGCAAGAAGAACUUCUGUGGCCGCUGCUCGGUGCAGCUGGAGCCGCCAUGCCCGCGCCUCUGCCACACAUGUCAGCGAUUUCACGGAACCCUCUUCGACCGCGCCCAGUUGAUGAGACUCAAGGUGCGGGAGCUGCGUGACUACCUCCACCUGCACGAGGUGCCCACCCAGACGUGCCGGGAAAAGGAGGAGCUGGUUGAGCUGGUCUUGGGCCAGCAGACCCCCAGCACCAGCAGAAGCAGUGACACCGUAUCCUCCCAGCCCGGGGCUCACAACAAUGUCCCCUCCCCAGACACACCGUCCCCUCCCGAGACACAGGGCCCUACCAGCCCCGACACAUUGAGCCCAGAGCAGCCAGAACAAUCAGCCCCUGAGGCAGAAUCAGAGCAGAUCUCUGAUGAGGAAGAAGAAGAGGAGGAGGAUGAGGAUGAGGAUGAAGAGUCAUCGGACAGCGAGGAGACCCUGAUGCCCGGCCGCAGAGCCUCUCUGUCUGACCUGAGCCGCGUGGAGGAUAUCGAGGGCCUGAGCGUGCGCCAGCUCAAGGAGAUCUUGGCCCGCAACUUUGUCAACUACAAAGGCUGCUGCGAGAAGUGGGAGCUGAUGGAGAGGGUCACCCGCCUCUACAACGACCAGAAGGACCUCCAGAACCUAGUUUCAAAUACAAAAAAUGAAGAAGACCCUGCAGCUCCCAAGAGCCAGGAGGAGAACCUCUGUCGGAUCUGCAUGGACUCUCCCAUUGACUGUGUGCUGCUGGAGUGUGGCCACAUGGUCACCUGCAGCAAGUGUGGCAAGCGCAUGAGCGAGUGCCCCAUCUGCAGACAGUACGUGGUACGGGCGGUGCACGUCUUCAGGUCCUGAUGCAUGGCCACAACGAGGGACACAGUGGAUACCAAGGACAACAUGGCAUUGCUGCCACCACUGCUCAGAGAUGGCAUAUUCUACAAGAAUACACUCCUCUGUAGUGCACACUCUCACUCAUUCAAUCAGUCUUCCUCUUGCCGGCAUUCCAGAGAAAUAACCUGCCUCCACUUUUCUGGUUUCUCUGUUUUUCUACUCCACCUGAACCUAUUGUUUCUACACUUUCAGCAUUUUACAAGACCUCAAUAUUUCAGUACUGUAACUUUGUUGUUCAAAAGAGUUAGGUAUCAUGUAUUCACAUUGGUGCCAGUCAGACACCAAACUAUAUUGGCACUUUGCAUGGGAGGGCAGCAGUACCUUUUCAAAUUCUGAGGUUAUUGGGUAGAGAUCAUGUUUAUUUCAACCCCACACACAGGCAAGGUUAUAUUGCAUUUUUCUGUCUUUGCAUUUGUGUGCACGGGGAAACAACUGAGUUCCAUAGCUGAGAAACACAGGGCCUUACUAGAGGGCAUCGACUAACAAGCAAUGAAUAUAAAAAAAGGUAUUUGUUCUAGCAAUGAAUGAAAUGCUGAAUCUUGGUAAGAGAGGGAACAUGUUAGGCUACUCUGUUAUGCAUAUCAAUAGUAAAACAGAGUUGCCAGAAUGGUGCUAUUUGACUAGUGAUUAACAACACUCGUAACAAAACAGAAAGGCCAAAAUGGUGCUAUUUGACCAAUGGAAGCAACACUCAGGGCCCCAUUUUGACAGUGCAAGUAAGCGGUGUGUGUCGAGACCAAAAUAUCCAAAACCGUUUAUUUCAAACCUUAUCGCCCCAAGCAAGGCUUGGAUAUGAACGUGCUAAUAUUUGAUGCAUGCAAUGCAUUAGUUGUGAAAUUGGUGUAUUAAGUGCAGCACGGAGUACUUGAAGUGGUAAGGUCUGUUUUGUGCCCUCCAAUUGUCACACUUAAAGUUCAGUACCUGCAAACCAGCUGUUCUGUUAAUUGGUUUUGUGGUCCAGAGAUCUUUAGGUUGCAGUGCACUUGCUCAGCAUAGAACCCAGGCCUUAUCUGUCUUAUUGGCGAUCCUUCAGACACAUCUGUGUGGUGGUUAAACAUAGCAUCUUAGGAGUGGAAACAGCCCUUUAAACACAAAAGUCUGCUUGUAGCUCACUGAAAGUACUUGAGGAGGGUCAAGGAGGGGAUAAUGCUUGGCUUCAUUCGCCCUUUUAUGGUCAAAUUACCCUUUUAACUUGCAGAUAUUGUAUCAAAACUGGAACAGAACACGCAUUGACUUGAAGGUAAUAGUUAAUAGUUCUUUAAAUGAGCCACAAUGGGGAUUUUUUCUGAAAUGUAAACCCUACACAGUAGAUAUGCAGUUUCUUUUUUAUUCUCUGCGGGUCAUAAAUGGUUUGAAGUUGGUUCCAUGACCUUACCCCAAAUUAGUUUUGGGGGAAAGAGAACUGACCUCGUUAGCAGAAUGUCUCUAUUUCAAGGCUCUCACCACCUCUCUCUUAUCAGCAAGUGCCCCAGAAGAGUGCUCAUUAACUUAGCUGACGUAGUGCACUGAAUACACUCAUUUCCUAAUGACGAGUUGAUUAAAUGUAUCUACUAGUUAAAAAAAAAAAAAAAAGUUUUCUGCGAAUUUACUUUGUUUGUGGGAGUGUUUUAAAAGCUAGAAUUGAUCAUUGAAACAAUAACAAAGAGCCACCCCGCCUCUGUUUCAGUAUAAGGCUGAGGGAUGGACAUGGAGAAAUGUAACCACUCUCAGAUUCAUAGACCGAGCUAAGGACUGACCAUCCAUGAUAUCAAAGUUAUAGUUUUAAUCAUGUUUUAAGGCUAUACAGUGUUUGUUUAGAUUUACAUUGUUUAUACACAUUGAAGUAAAACAAGCUUAUAUUUUGGAUUCUCAUGGGGUAUGACAAGUUAAACUAAGCUCAUGAGGUAUUUAUACGUUAUAAUCUUCAAGAAUCAAUGGGUAUAUAUCAUUCAUUAAAUGGAUGUAGCAACUAAGGAUUCUAGCUUUAAGGAGGAUCUUGGUUAAUUCUAUUCCAACUCUAGGCAAUUCGGUAAAUGAGUUGAGAUUGAAUUUAUAUGAAAUUAGAGGCAAUUUUAUUGCAGUGCAUUUCUCAAAUUGCCUGGAAUUGAAAUGGUUUGGCAGCCCUCUGCAACUUUUUAUGGAACAUGUUUUCAAAUUAUAGAGAAACAUAAUGGUUUGCAUUUAAAUGGUCUUUCUACUGUAUAUCUUGUUUUAUAGCUAAUGAAUGUACCAUAAAACUGAUCAUGAGGAAAAUGCACUUAUACUAAUUAAUGUGUCUGUUUUAGGGAAUGCGUAUCCACUGGGAUAGACUCCGUUUAUCCCAGAUACUUGGUCUGCCUGAACUGAAUGUAACUGGUUUAAGUUGUUUACAAUAACAAAACCAUUUCUUACUGUGACUGCCAAAUUGCCAAUAUCGCAAAUAGAUUUUACACUAGUCCGUUUGAUAUGUCUUUUGUUAAUAACUAUGCUAAUAUCAUGCAAGAACAAUAUGAAUCAUCUCAUGUAGUUUGUAGAGAGCAGGUGAAACAAGAUAUAUCAGUGUCGUGAGAUCUGGAUCUUUUCACAAACAUCUCGUCACCCAUCUUGUUUUUAUCCUGGACAUCAGUUUAUACAAGCCAGGCUGUCAGUCAAGUCAGUUCUCUCUGAGGAGUGUUUUCUGUGCAUGUGAAAACGUGUGUAUACAUUUAGCGAAACCCAACCCAAGAUCUAAACAUUCCAAACAGUAGAAUGUACCUUAACAGAACACUCUUCAACAAAGAAAGCUAAUAUAUUCCACAUAUACUAUAGCCCAUGAACAUGUGUAAUGCUCCUUGAGGAUCUGAUUUAAAGGCAAGGUCUGAUAGAGGUUCAGUGCAGACGUGUUUGAUCUCUAUCAAAUCAUUUCCGGGUAACAAUUAAGUAUGGAUUGUUUUCAUUUAAAAUUGUCUAAAAUAAAUAAAAAUAGCUUCUAAGCAAAGA